AUGAAGAAAACUAGCGCCGAAAAAGUUCAAGAAUUCCCAUGUAUUCAACUCCCUUCCAUUGGUCGAAGAAAAAGAUGUGGUUGCAGAGAUGGAUGGAGCCCUGAUUUCAAACCUGAGGAAGAUCUUCCAAUUGCUACAGUCUGGGCUCUCCUUCCAGGUUUGCCAUUUCACUUGCAUAACUGGUUUUAUCUUAAGCAAAUUGUGGCUGUUGCUGGAACUCCCUUAGAACUAGAUACUGUGACCAAAAACAUGAAUAGGCCAAGUAUGGCUAAAGUUCGUAUCGAAAUUGAUUUUCUUAAGCCUCUUAUUACUAAUGUUUGGAUUGGAAAUGAAGAUGAGGAUAGUCUUUUGAAAGGAUUUUCCCAAAAGAUUGAAUAUGAGAGUAUCCCUAAAUAUUGCAACCAUUGUAGAAAACUUGGUCAUAAUAUGGAGAACUGCAUAGUCCUUGAAAAGAAGAAAAUGGAGGAAAUACAGGAAACUAGCAUAAAAAAGAAUAAGAAAGGAAAUGACAACAAUGAAAGUUCCAGUAAGAAGAAACAACAAGAUAGUAAAGAAAAAAUUAUGGCUGGGAAGGAGACCAACAUUGAAACUAUAAAUAGUUUUGCCGAGCUGACUGAUGAGAUACAUGUUGAGUCUUUUGAUGAUGAUGGAGAUGGACAUGAGCAAAGUAAAAAUGAAAACAUCAAAAAAAGGAAAGCUGACCAGAAUAGGGAAAGCAAUGACGAAUGGGCUGAUGUUAGUUCCUCUGAGGAUUCGAAGUCAGAGGACUCAUCUAAUGACCAAGCAGAAAAUUUGAUUCAAUCAGUGGUUGGAUCCUCAGCCCAGAAACAAUCUAAUAAUACUUCAAAACCAGCAGGAAGGAAGGAGAUUCAGACAAAGAAAGAUCAGAGGAAUAAGACUAGACCUAGUAGUCGAGAAGCACCCAUUACUAGAGGUCAAAAGUUAAAUUCUAAAAAACCUUCCAAUAAAUCCUCUGAUGAUUAG